AGCUGUUGUAAAUCAUUGUUAACUGAAUAUUUGCGUAAUUUAAAUGCCAAAAAGUGCGUUAGUAUAAAGAUAAAAGUGUAAGAAUUUAUCGCAGAUUAGUGACAUUGCAAAAUCAUUCCAGAUAAAUUUAAUAGAACAGUUGCACAAUGCCAGAACAAAGCGCCGAACAGGAAUCUCAGCCACAGACGGCGGUACAAGAGUCCAAAGCACCUGUUUAUGAUGCCAGCAUUCUGCCGGAUAUGUUGCCCGUAUAUUAUAGACGACUUUUUCCACACGAGCACUUCUAUCGCUGGCUGAACUAUGGUCAUUCUGAAGAUAACAUAUUUGUCAAUCGAGAGAUUUCAUUUACGCUCCACGAUGACAUCUAUAUACGUUAUCUGUGCUUUGAGACACAAGCCGAGCUGGAGAAGGAGAUCUGUGCACGUAAUCCUUACAAAAUUGAUAUUGGAGCCGUACUGUCCACCCGGCCCAAGAAUUUCCGUACUGUUCCCGGUGGUCUGGCGCCCGUGCAGCGUGAAUUAGUAUUUGAUAUCGAUGCCACGGACUAUGAUGAGAUCCGUAACUGUUGCUCUGGAGCGGAAAUAUGCCUGAAAUGCUGGAAGUUUAUGGUGUUGGCGGCCCGUGUCCUUGAUGUGGCACUGCGAGAGGACUUUGACUUUGAGCACAUGCUGUGGAUAUUCUCUGGUCGUCGUGGUAUCCAUUGCUGGGUCUGUGACCACACGGCACGGCAUUUGGAUGCCCGGGCACGAGCUGCUGUGGCGGAGUACUUGAAUAUACUCACCUAUACCAACAAUACGGCACGGGUUCAGCUAAAUGAUCGCACACAUCAUAGUCUGAGACGUGCUCUAAAGAUUGUUGAGCCCAUGUUCGAGGAGAUUGUGCUGGAGGAUCAGAAUCUGUUUGGCACACCCAAAGGAGUUAACAAGCUGCUGCAAAUGAUCAGCGACGAGGGAGCACGCAAUGAUCUGGAGGCAUAUCUGCAAAAGACGCACGAGGAUGGCGCUCAUUCCAAGCUCAUCUGGGAUAGCUUUGUGCGUUAUGCCAACUCAAUGAGAACCAGCACGGCCAACGUGUGGAGUCGCAAGCUGAAGAACAUUGUGCAGGAGGUGCAGUUGUGCCUGCUCUAUCCCCGUCUGGAUAUCAAUGUCACCAAGGGCUUCAAUCACUUGCUCAAGGCACCCUUCUGCAUCCAUCCGGCCACGGGCAAGGUGUGUCUACCCUUCAGUGCCAGUGCAGUGGCCAAAUUUGAUCCGACCACAGUGCCUACCAUUUCGCAGCUGCUGCAGGAGAUAAAUGCGCACGACGACAAGACCAAAAGCUACAUGGAGGCGCCGGAGGAUAAGAGUCGCAUCAAGGAUUACAAGAAGACCAGCAUGUUCAAGGGCGUUGUGGUCUUCGAGGAGUUUCUACGCAAGAUGGAACGCAAUUACAAGACCAAAACUAUGGAGUUUUAAAAGUAACAUUCAAAUAAAAUGCGUAAUUUAAUU